AUGGGAGAACGGACGGUGAAGAGAUUGCGGCUGUCAAAAGCCUUGACAGUACCUGAAAGUACAACUAUCAAGGAAGCUUGUCUUAGGAUGGCAGCACGUAGAGUUGACGCGUUAUUGCUAACGGAUUCGAAUGCAUUAUUAUGCGGUAUCUUGACAGAUAAGGAUAUAGCUACAAGAGUUAUAGCUCGUGAGGUCAAUCUUGAGGGAACACCUGUUUCGAAAGUCAUGACGAAAAAUCCCGUGUUUGUUCUUUCAGACACUCUUGCUGUUGAAGCUUUGCAAAAAAUGGUUCAGGGGAAGUUUAGGCAUUUACCGGUUGUGGAAAAUGGUGAAGUGAUUGCACUACUAGAUAUAACUAAAUGUUUGUACGAUGCAAUUGCUCGUAUGGAGAGGGCAGCUGAAAAAGGAAAGGCCAUUGCAGCUGCAGUCGAAGGUGUUGAGAAACAAUGGGGUACAACAGUGUCUGAGCCUAACAAAUUCAUCGAGACACUUCGAGAGAGAAUGUUCAGACCUUCAUUGUCGACUAUAAUUUCCGAGAAUCCAAAAGUUGUUACAAUUGAUCCUAGUGACACCGUGUUAAUUGCUGCAAAGAAAAUCCUUGAACUUCGAACAAGCUCUGCAGUUGUCGUAGUAGAUAACAAACCUCGGGGAAUACUAACUUCAAAAGAUAUUCUAAUGAGAGUCAUAGCACACAAUCUUCCUCCAGAAUCAACUCCAGUGGAGAAGGUGAUGACUCCAAAUCCAGAAUGUGCGAUUAUUGAUUCACCUAUAGUUGAUGCUCUUCAUACUAUGCACGAUGGGUCGUUUCUACACCUUCCAGUUGUUGAUCGAGAUGGAAUGAUCGUAACUGUCAUUGAUGUGCUUCACAUAACUCAUGCUGCUGUAGCAACAGUUGGUAAUGCUGUUGCAGCUAAUAGUGAAGCUACGAAUUCCAUGAUGCAAAACUUUUGGGAUUCUGCUAUGGCUCUAAGUCCAGAAGAUGAGGAUGACACCCAGAGUGAGAAUUCAUUGAAGUUGGCUUCCGAGGGGGGAGAGACUGGUGUAUCUGUCCCGCCACCUUCUUCCACUACAUCCAAUAUUUUCUCUUUCAAGAUUCAAGACAGAAAAGGAAGAAUGUAUAGGUUUAUAUGUGAUACAGAGAAAAUGACCGACCUUGUUAAAGAAAUCCUUCAAAAAGUAGGGGCUGAUAUCGACCGCAACAACCUUCCACUAAUUAUGUAUGAAGAUGAAGAUAAUGACAAGGUUCUAUUAGCAUCAGAUAGUGAUCUUCAAGCAGCCAUACACCAUGCAAGGGUAUCUGGCUGGAAGGGAUUAAGAUUGCAUUUAGACUACCUGGGAACAAGUCACCAUCCAAGACGAACCAAAUCGGGGGCUCUUGAAUUUGUUCAUGCAGAUGGAUCGAUUUCGGCUUAUAGUGUUGUUGCUGCUGGGGCCGCCGUGGUUGCGGGUUUUGGCAUGUACGCAUAUUUAAAACAAGUCAGAAAUUAA